AUGUCGGAGGGGCAGAGGUGUUUGGGGAUCGUCGUUCUCCUCAUUCACACGGUUAUUGGAUCUGGAGAAGGUCCAUCCCCUCCACCCUCAUCGCAGUCAUCAACAAUUAGGCCUGAAGAAAAUGAGCUCACAGUAACCUUCCCCCCUCUAGACGACCUAGUAUAUGGCACACAAGAGAAACAAUUUGGUACAGAAAAUAACACAGUAGUAACAUCGCAGACCGGGUCUACUGCACUGUUGCCCUGUGUCAUAAGAAAUAUUGGAGAUGGAAUAGUGUCAUGGAUAAGAAGAAAAGACUACCAUCUGUUAACUGUUGGGUUAACUACAUACAGUUCUGACCAAAGGUUUCAAGCGAUACAUCUGCAGCAUUCCGAAGACUGGACACUUAAAGUCCGCUUCGUGCAGAAACGAGACGCUGGAAUUUACGAGUGUCAAGUGUCUUCACAUCCACCUUCAAGCAUAUUCCUACGGCUCGACGUAGUUGAGGCUCGAGCUCAAAUAUCGGGUCCCACAGAGAAGUAUCUAAAGCCAGGCUCAACUCUGCGCUUGCAAUGCUCCGUAGUUCAAACUACAGAAGCCCCAGCUUUUGUAUUUUGGUAUCACAACAGUAGAAUGAUAAACUACGAUCUGGAAAGAGGAAUCAACGUCACGACGGAUCCUGAACAAAGACUUUCGGACCUCCUGAUACCAGCAGCAAGUGUCUCGCACGCGGGAAACUACACCUGCGUACCAAAUAACGCGGUACCAGCUAGCAUAUACGUUCAUAUAUUUAAUGGUAAGUAUAUA